CUCCUAGUCUCUUAUUAGAAUUUUUCCACUCUAUGCUACAAAUUAUACUCCUCGGUCAAGUGCAACAACUGGCAAAAUGAAGAUGGCGGAAGGAUCCACAAUUUCAAGAAGGAAUAGGCCCGGAACGAAGGCAAAGGACUUUUGUAGAUGGCCCGACGAGCCAUUCGAAGAAAUGGACAGCACACUUGCUGUUCAACAAUAUAUUCAACAAAUGAUAAGAAAAGAUCCUUCAAGUAUCGAUUUAAUACUUAAUAUGCCGGAAGCACAGGAUGAGGGUGUUUGGAAAUAUGAACAUCUCAGACAAUUUUGUAUGGAAUUAAAUGGAUUGGCAGUUAGAUUACAGGAAGAUUGUAAUCCAAAUGCUUGUACACAAAUGACGGCUACCGAACAAUGGAUAUUUUUAUGUGCAGCCCAUAAAACACCUAAAGAAUGUCCGGCAAUUGACUAUACACGACAUACAUUGGACGGUGCAGCGUGUUUAUUAAACAGCAAUAAAUAUUUUCCCAGCAGAGUAAGCAUUAAGGAAUCUUCAGUCGCUAAACUUGGAUCAGUUUGCCGUAGAGUGUACAGAAUUUUUUCACACGCUUAUUUUCAUCAUCGAACAAUAUUCGAUGAAUUUGAAAAUGAAACCUUUCUUUGUCGAAGAUUUACGGCUUUUGUAACGAAAUACAAUCUAAUGUCGAAAGACAAUUUAAUAGUUCCAAUAAUGGAAGAGGAGGGACCGACCGAAAGUGAGGCAUAAAGAAAAAGAAAAUUUUAUUUAAGAUUGGCCUUAGAGUCCAAAGAAGGUGACAAAUUUCAUUGAUUCGCUGCGUGAAAAACUGAAUAAUUAACGUUCGAUCGCCGCAACUACUGUUUUUUCAUGUAGCGAGUAAAAAAAAAAAAACUUUCGGCAAGUAUCAGUGAGUACAGCAAUCAACUAAAAUGCUUUUUUUAAAACUGUCUAAAUUCGAUAGUUUUUAUUGCUAUAGACAGAUCGUGGAACUAAGUGUCGAUCAACACUUGUAUGAUUCACAGUGAAUUCCAUCGCUAAUCAUUAAAAAAAAAAAAAAAAAAAAUGAAAAAAAAAUUGAUAUUGAGUUCUUAACAAGUUCUCAGUUUGUAUGUAUAUCUAAUUGUAUCUACAUUUUAUUAAAUUAUGUACAUUUUGUAGGAUUAUAAUCGCGAAAAACUAAUAAUGUCUUGUAUAUUUAGGGAGAGACAAAAAAAAGAACAUUGAAAAAUGUCCCCGUUUUAUUAGUUAAUUACAUAAUCGAGACAAAUUUUUUGACAUGAUUUUUUUCACUAAAAUCAUGUAUAAAAAAAAAUAUUAUAGCAGCUAUUAAUAAUCAAGUAGGGGGGAAAAAAGCUGCUGAAAAUUGUAAACAUUUCAGUAAAAAAAAAAAAAAAAGAAAACAAAUAA